AUGGCAACUGAAAUUUUUAAUAAGCAGAAAACCAUCGAUCUGAGACAGAAACACAUUGGUCCCUCCUGCAAGGUGUUCUUCAGCCACGACCCCAUCAAGAUCGUCCGAGCCAGGGGUCAGUACAUGUACAAUGAAAAAGGCGAGCAGUACCUGGACUGCAUCAACAAUGUCGCCCACGUGGGUCACAGCCACCCAGAAGUCAUCCAUGCUGGAGCAAAGCAGAUGGAGCUCUUGAACACUAACUCACGCUUCCUCCAUGACAACCUUGUCCAAUACGCACAACGCCUCCAAGCCACACUGCCUGAACAGCUCUCGGUCUGCUACUUUACCAAUUCAGGUUCUGAGGCCAAUGACCUGGCCUUAAGACUAGCUUGGCAGUACACUGGCCACAAAGACAUCAUCACACUGGAAAAUGCCUAUCAUGGUCAUUUGUCAUCACUCAUUGAUAUCAGUCCCUACAAGUUUCAUCAACUGGGACAUUGUGUGGAAAGCCAACAUGUGCAUGUGGCCCCAAGUCCAGACAUCUACAGAGGGAAAUACAGGGAAGACCACGGAGACCCUGCUACUGAUUAUGCAGAUGAAGUUAAAGACAUCAUUGAAAAAGCUCAUGCAAAAGGAUGUAAGAUUGCUGCUUUCAUUGCUGAGUCACUGCAGAGUUGUGGAGGGCAGGUCAUUCCUCCAGUGGGCUACUUCCAGAAAGUGGCACAACAUGUUAGAAAGGCUGGGGGCAUCUUCAUUGCUGAUGAGGUUCAAGUCGGCUUUGGAAGGGUAGGCACCCAUUUCUGGGCUUUCCAGCUGCAAGGGGAAGACUUUGUACCUGAUAUUGUCACUAUGGGCAAACCGAUUGGGAACGGCCAUCCAAUGUCCUGUGUGGUGACCACUAGAGCAGUGGCUGAAGGCUUCAUGUCAUCUGGAAUGGAGUACUUUAAUACAUUUGGUGGCAAUCCUGUAUCCUGUGCUAUUGGGCUAGCUGUACUGGACGUGAUCGAGAAGGAGGAUCUCCAAGGCAAUGCCCUGCGAGUCGGGAGAUACCUGAUGGACUUACUGGAGAAACUGAAAGAGAAACAUCCCUUAGUGGGAGAUAUCAGAGGUCGUGGUCUUUUUGUUGGCGUGGAGCUGGUGAAAGAUCGGCUUAAAAGGACGCCUGCAACAGCUGAAGCUCAGAAUGUCAUAUAUCGACUGAAGGAUCAGCGGGUUCUAUUAAGUGCAGAUGGACCACAUCGUAACGUCUUGAAGUUUAAACCACCUCUGUGCUUCACCAGAGGGAAUGCCGACUUAGUAGUUGAAAAAAUUGGCCAGAUUCUAACAGACCUUGAAAAUGUUUUGGGCCUCCAUAUGUCUGACACUACAGACCAUGUAAAUGCACAAAGCAAGCGCAAGGAGUCAGUCGAGGAAAACGGCCAUGAUAUUCAUUCUGGUGGCAUCAGUGGCAACCAUCACAUCACGAAGACUAACAAAAGACAAAGAACAUAA